UUAACUGUUUCAUUGUGGGAGAGUGAAAAGAGAAGAGAAAGGAAACCUAGCGGGGAAGAGAGGGAUGGAGGAAGGAGAAGAUGGAAGCGAGAAGCAGAAGCAGAACGCAAGCGCCACUCGACUAUCUCUGAAAUCAGAUUCUCCGUUCAACAAUUAUCAUUUAUGGAAACAAAAGUUCAGAGAGAAUUGCUACAAACGGGUGCGAGAGAACCGAACACGCUUACUCUGGAAAUUCAGAUGCAAUGAACAGCAACAGGAUGACACUCUGAAGUGUGCAUUGGAGGAUAUUGUAUCCGAUGAAUUCCACAAAAUGAAACGCAGGGAUGAGGUGUUAUGGGAGUAUGAAGGUCCUCCUCUCACCACUUGCCCGGAUCAAUACGAAGAAAUACUCUUAGAAAUGCAAAGGAUCUUUUAUGAAGACCUCAAAUCCCAACCACAAGAAUUAGAAAGCGAUGUUGAAAUUUGGGAACACGAAGUGGAUGAGUACCUAUCUCGUGCGGUUUAUGAGCAUAUGCAGCUUAAUGAAGACGAGGCAUAUGGGAAAGAGAUUUGGUGUCCCAUUUGUAAGGAAGGAGAGCUUAAAGAUAGUUACAAUCUUAUAUAUUGUACUCGUUGUGAACUUCAACUAAACAAAGCCAGUGAGAGGAGAAUCGUUUGUUUACUGUGAGAGUUGAGUCUAUUCAGCCGUGAUAAAAUAUUGAGAUAUUUGAGGAUACUUGGUCGUUGGGAUUUUGGAAGAAGUAUAAAUUUUGUAAUCGUCUCAGUUUUUCUUUAUUGAAUAUAUGAAUGAUAGUCGUAUCUGCAUGAUAAUAUAGGUUAUAAGCCAAACUACAGCUGCUCUUUAUUCAGACACUUAACAUUAACCUUUUUCUUUUGAG